CCAUCCAUGACAAGCCAUCUCACUCGGCCCCGGCUCAGCCCAGAGCUACACUGCCAGCAACACGCCAUGGCCCUAGACAGCUACUCCUACGACUGUUGCGUGCUCCCUCCGCUGGAUUGGGACUGGGAUUGGGACGAGCUGCACACCACCCUCGGGCUCGGAGGAGCUGGAACUGGAGGCGGCGGCGCCGCCCAGGAGCCCAGCUUCUUCUUCCCGGCGACGCCAGGUGUGGAGUCGCCGGGCUCGUCGGAGGCGUCCAGUGGGUACCUGCAAGACGCCGUCGCCGACUGGAGCGGCCGCUGCAGCAAGCGGCAGAGAAUGGCGGCGGCGACGCCUCCUCCUCCUCGACGUCCGGCGACCGUCGGCGAGGACCUGCAGUGCCUUCUUGAGAGCUUUUGGGAUUCUAGCGCCGAGGGAAAAGGAGACGGAGACGGAGACGGUGAUCUCCUCCCACAUGAUUUGAAUACCACGAUCCCGGAGGCGGAGAUACGCUGCAGUUUUGUCUCAGGGGAGGACGGGGCAGGUGCAUCGGGCAGGGAGGAGCAGAGGGGCCCGAGCGCGCAGGUGCUGCCAGCGCCAGCGGCGCAGCGCGGAGGGGGAGGAGAGGAGGCGGCAAGGGCGGCAGCCGCGGUGGUAGUCCCCCCUCCUCGUCGUCCUCGCUUCCCCGCCGCCGUGCGAGCCGCUGCUCCCCUGCAAAAGGGUAAUGCGGGGGCAGACCACGCGGCAGCGCGUCGCGAUGAUCGCUCGCGGCCCGGCGGUGUGGGCUGCUGCGAGGGCUCCCGUGCGGGUGCGGGCGCGGCCGCCACAACGGCGCCCGGCUGCGCUUGUCCCGCGCUGCUGGCAGGGGAGGAGGAUAAGAGAGGCGUCGGAGUGCUGUACCCUUUCGCAGUCGUCAAGCCGCUGGGGUUAGACGACGGCCGCAUGACGACGCUGGACGACGUCAACAAGAGGAUCCUGAAGAGACCAACCAGGCCGGUCCGGCACCCCGUUGGCCCGUUCGCGUGCGGCCCCGCCGUGAUGGCUCACGGCCUAGGCCUGUCCGGCAAGGCGGUCGUUAGCCUGACCAAGAUCAGAACGGGAGGAAAGGGCACCAUAACCAUAAUCAGAACACGAGGCUGAUGGAUGGGAUCAACCAUCUCCUUUAUGCUUAGGAAACUGAACGAGCUGCCAUCAUCUCUGCUGUUGAGGAUAGUCAUGUUAGAGGAGUAGCUACUGUUGUAAAUACACCCUCGGGUUUCAAUGCAGACUUCUGCUAUGUCUACUCUAAAACCCAACUGUAACUGAAUGUGCAUUAGCCGCAGCUUAAACUGACGGGUGGCAAACUCGAACUUUGACAAUUUGCACCGCAGCACCUGGGGCCAUGAGGUAUCCAUGCAGUCAACAA